AUGGAAUAGUAACAUAAAGGUAUUUAUUGUAAUUUUAAAAUUAGGGAAUACUGAACCAGGAGAGAUGAAUUAAAAUUCUUAGUAAUUAUUUAGCACAAACACUCUAUUUUUGAAUAAUAUAGGGUUGAGUACAAACAUUUCAUCUAGUACAUUGAGACAUACAUCCCCAUAAAUAUCAUUUCCCAAGGCAAAUCGAUUCAACACAUAAUCUUAAUUGUAACUCCCAACAAAAUUGGAAUUACCUUCAUAAUUAGGAAAAAGGUUAUAAUGAUAAUUAUAAUAGAUAUACAUAAUAAGGAUUCGGUAAUAAGAUAGUAUUUUAAUAUGAAUGGUAAAAGGUUAAUGCUAAGGAUUUGCCUAGUCCAGAUCGUUAUUAAGUUCGUUAAGAACCAGGGAACGAUAAACUGAAGAAAUCUUUUGGUUUAUCAUGGGAAGCUUAUUCUAAAACAUACUUACCUUAUAAUAAACAUCAAUCACCUGAAGUGGCUAGAUAUUUGCCAGGUAAUAUUUAUAUUUAUUAGAAGGACCUGGAGAAUAUACUGUACGUUAAGAUUUAGGUUAACAUAGAUAUUAAUUUUAAUUAAAAGGAAAAGGAAAAAUGUUUAAUGAUUAGAGAGAAAAUGGUGUACCUGGACCUGAAGCUUAUUAACCUUAAAUUUGUUUAACAGUUCCUAAUCGAUUUUCAGUAAAUUAAAUUCUAAAGUUUUAGAAAAUCUCAUAAGGCAUUGGUGAGAAAAAGAAUCCAUUUUAAUCUUUUAGUUUUGCUCCUGGACCUGGAAGAUAUGAAACUAAUUCUGCAUUUGAUAAAGUUAGUAAAAAAAGAGAGUUUAUUACAAAACCAGGAGAAAGAAGACCUUUUAUUUGA